AUGGUUGACGCAGCACCAGCACCUAGGACCGGAGGCGGAUCGUUCAAGGACAAGGACAAGCCCGUCGAAGUCAGACUUAGCAACAUCAUCGCCGCCAAGGCUGUCAGUGAUGCCGUCCGCACCUCUUUGGGCCCUAAGGGCAUGGAUAAGAUGAUCAAGACCAGCAAUGGCGAGGUUAUUAUCACCAACGACGGUGCAACCAUCUUGAAGCACAUGGCUGUUCUCCACCCAGCUGCUAAAAUGCUGGUCGAUCUAUCGGCUGCUCAGGAUGUUGAGGCUGGAGAUGGUACCACGUCGGUCGUUGUUUUGGCAGGAUCUUUGCUGGGUGCUGCUCAAAAGAUGCUCAACAAGGGCAUCCAUCCUACCACUAUCGCAGAGUCAUUUCAGAAGGCCUCUCACAAGGCCAACGAGUUCUUGACUGAGGUCGCCACAAAGCUUGAUCUUUCGGAUCGCGAUUCCCUUCUCAAGAGUGCCAGCACAUCUCUCAACUCAAAGAUCGUCUCUCAGUAUUCUGGAUUAUUUGCACCUAUCGCUGUCGACGCCGUCUUGAGGGUCAUUGACCCCGCCACCGCUGUCAACGUAGAUUUGAAGGAUAUUCGCAUUGUGAAGAAAGUCGGAGGAACGAUCGAUGAUACUGAGUUGGUCGAUGGUCUGGUCUUGGCUCAAAAUGUCCUUAAGUCUGCCGGAGGUCCCACCAGGAUUGAGAAGGCCAAGAUCGGUCUCGUUCAGUUCCAGCUCUCACCCCCCAAGCCCGAUAUGGAGAACCAGAUUAUUGUCAACGACUACCGCCAGAUGGAUAAGAUUCUGAAGGAGGAGCGUCAGUAUCUGCUCAACAUGGUCAAGAAGAUCAAGAAGUCUGGAUGCAAUGUUCUCUUAAUCCAAAAAUCAAUCCUCCGUGAUGCUGUUAAUGAUCUUUCACUCCAUUUCUUGGCUAAGCUGAAGAUCAUGGUUGUCAAGGAUAUUGAGCGCGAUGAAAUUGAGUUCAUCUGCAAGAGCACGGGAUGUAAGCCCAUUGCGGACAUUGACUCGUUUACAGAGGACAAGCUCGGUUAUGCUGAUUUGAUCGAUGAGGUUCAAGAUGCUGGAUCCCGUGUGGUCAAGAUCACUGGAGUCAAGCAUGCUGGCAAGACUGUUUCAAUUUUGUGCCACGGAGCCAACUCCCUUGUGUUGGAGGAGGCGGAGCGUUCGCUGCACGAUGCCCUGUGUGUCAUUCGCUGCCUGGUCAAGAAGAAGUACUUGGUCGCAGGAGGAGGGGCACCUGAAAUCGAGAUUUCUUUGAGAUUGCAGGAGUAUGCGAAGACGUUGCGUGGCAUGGAGGCACAUUGCUUCCAGGCCUUUGCUGAGGCAUUGGAGGUCAUUCCUAUCACCCUGGCCGAGAACGCCGGUUUGAACCCCAUCGCCAUCGUCACAGAACUGCGUAACCGCCACGCCUUGGGUGAAACCACUGCUGGAAUCAACGUUCGCAAGGGAGCUAUUACAAAUAUCUUGGACGAGAAUGUCAUCCAACCCUUACUCGUCUCUACAAGUGCGAUCGAGUUGGCUGCCGAGACCGUUAAGAUGCUGCUCAAGAUCGACGACUUGGUUCAAACGCGAUAA